GGAAGGCACGCGCCGGGGACUGGAGCCAGCUCCAAGUGCACCUGAACCAACCAUGACCCUGCGGGCGGGGGGUGCUCGGCUGCUCGGCGGCCUCCUGCUCUUUGCUCUGCUCGCGGCCGGCGCCGCCCCGCUCGGCUGGGAUCUCCCGGAGCCCCGCAGCCGGGCCAGCAAGAUCCGAGUGCACCCGCGGGGCAACCUCUGGGCCACCGGUCACUUCAUGGGCAAGAAGAGCCUGGAGCCCCCCAGCCCAUCCCUACUGGGGACAGCUCCCCACACCUCCCUGAGGGACCAGACACGACAGCUGAGUCAUCAUCUGCUCAGGGUCCUCCUGCAAAAGCAAGCUCUGGGCAUGAGCCUCAGUGUCCCAGCACCUCACACCCAGCACAGGAGGCUGCUGGUGCAAACGCUGCAGAAGUGACGCUAUUAAUCAGGAAGACACGACGACAUGGCUGAGAUUGUGCCUCCCCAGGGAAGGUGCUGUAUGGGACCCAUCUGGAUGUAAACCAUGGGCUCACAUCUCUGUCACUCCAUUACCGUGAUUUCCGGUUGGGCUGUCAGGAAUAUCGCCGGUGCAGAUGCAAAUGCUGUCCCUGCCGUAUUUCUUGCUUCCCUGUUGAAGUUGUGAAUAAAACCCUGCUCUUUACGUAGA